UAGUGAAGGGACAUUGUACUGAGAGAACCCGCUGAGGGAUUAGCCAGACAUUGUACUGAGAGGACCCGGGCAGGGGGCCGGUGGGCACAGGCCCCAGGCUUCACAUCUGCAUCCCCCCAUAUCCCUCCCGAUUGCUCCUCUCCUCAGGAUGGAGCAAACUUUAGGGGAAGCAGGGAGGCACCGGUGGGCACAACCUGCGUCUUGGGAACUUCAGCUGGGCCUGCUGCUGAGCGUGCUAGCCACCACCUUGGCCCAGGCCCUGGCUCCGGAUAUGGAUGUACCAGGCUGUUCCCGGGGAAGCUGCUACCCAGCUACGGGGGACUUGCUGGUGGGCCGAGCUGACAGACUGACGGCCUCAUCCACCUGUGGCUUGCGGGGGCCUCAGCCCUAUUGCAUCGUCAGUCACCUGCAGGAUGAGAAGAAGUGCUUCCUCUGUGAUUCCCGUCACCCCUUCUCUGCUCGAGAGAACCCGAACAGCCAUCGCAUCCAGAAUGUAGUCACCAGCUUUGCACCCCAGCGCCGGACAGCCUGGUGGCAGUCGGAGAAUGGUGUCCCCUUGGUCACCAUCCAGCUGGACUUGGAAGCUGAGUUCCACUUCACACACCUCAUUAUGACCUUCAAGACUUUUCGCCCUGCUGCUAUGCUGGUGGAGCGCUCAUCGGACUUUGGCCGCACCUGGCAUGUGUACCGUUAUUUCUCCUAUGACUGUGCAGCUGACUACCCAGGGAUUCCACUGGCGCCCCCACGGCACUGGGAUGACAUUGUGUGUGAGUCGCGUUACUCAGAGAUCGAGCCAUCCACAGAAGGCGAGGUUAUCUAUCGUGUGCUGGACCCUGCCAUCCCUAUCCCAGACCCCUACAGCCCACGGAUACAAAAUCUACUGAAGAUCACCAACCUGCGGGUGAACCUGACACGGCUGCACACACUGGGGGACAACUUGCUCGACCCACGGCGAGAGAUCCGGGAGAAGUACUACUAUGCCCUCUAUGAACUGGUUGUCCGUGGAAACUGUUUCUGCUAUGGACACGCCUCACAGUGUGCACCCGCCCCGGGAGCACCAGCUCAUGCUGAGGGCAUGGUUCAUGGCGCCUGCGUCUGCAAACACAACACUCGUGGGCUCAACUGUGAGCAGUGUCAGGAUUUCUACCAUGACUUGCCCUGGCAUCCAGCUGAGGAUGGCCACAGUCAUGCCUGUAGGAAAUGUGAGUGUCAUGGGCAUGCCCACAGCUGCCACUUUGACAUGGCCGUGUACCUGGCAUCUGGCAACAUGAGUGGAGGUGUGUGUGAUGGAUGUCAGCACAAUACAGCUGGGCGCCACUGUGAAUUCUGUCGGCCCUUCUUCUACCGUGACCCAGUCAAGGACAUGAGAGACCCAGCUGUGUGCCGCCCCUGUGAUUGUGACCCCACGGGCUCCAAAGAUGGUGGUCGUUGUGAUCCCCACGAUGACCCUGCACUGGGGCUGGUCUCAGGGCAGUGUCGCUGCAAAGAACACGUGGUAGGCUCUCGCUGCCAACAGUGCCGUGACGGUUUCUUUGGACUCAGUGCCAGUGACCCUGUAGGCUGCCAGCCGUGUCAGUGUGACGCACGGGGCACAGUUCCAGGACGUACACCUUGUGACCCCAACAGUGGAACCUGUUUCUGCAAGCGCCUAGUGACUGGACGAGGCUGCAGCCGCUGCCUGCCUGGCCACUGGGGCCUGAGCCAUGACCUUCUUGGCUGUCGACCAUGUGACUGUGACGUGGGUGGUGCCUUGGAUCCCCAGUGCAAUGAAGCCACAGGUCAGUGCCGUUGCCGCCAGCACAUGGUGGGACGACGUUGUGAGCAGGUGCAGCCAGGCUACUUCCGGCCUUUCCUGGAUCACCUGACUUGGGAGGCUGAAGACACCCGAGGGCAGGUGCUUGAUGUGGUAGAGCGCCUGGUGACCCCUGGGGGGACCCCAUCCUGGACAGGCCAGGGCUUCGUGAGGCUUCAGCAAGGCCAGGCACUGGAGUUCCAGGUGACUUCUGUGCCAAAAGCCAUGGAGUAUGACCUGCUGCUACGCUUGGAGCCCCAGGUCCCUGAGCAGUGGGCAGAGAUAGAACUGACCUUGCAGCGCCCAGGGCCUGUGUCUGCACACAGCCUGUGCAGACAUGUGCCCGAGGAUGACCACAUCUCGGCAACUCUGCGACCAAAUGCCAGAUAUAUAGUGCUUCCCAGACCUGUCUGCCUUGAGCCUGGAAUCUCUUACAAGCUACAUCUGAAGCUGGUGCGAACGGGAGGAAGUACCCAGCCUGAAGCCCCCUACUCUAGACCCAGCCUACUUAUUGACUCGCUGGUGCUGUUGCCCCGCGUCCUGACACUAGAGAUGUUCAGUGGGGGCGAUUCUGCUGCCUUGGAGCGCCGUGCCAUCUUUGAACGCUACCGCUGCCAUGAGGAGGGUCUGGUGACCAGCAAGACCCUUCCCUCAGAGGCCUGUGCCCCCCUCCUCAUCAGCCUAUCUGCCUUGCUCUACAAUGGUGCCCUGCCCUGCCAGUGCGACCCCCAGGGCUCACUGAGUUCCGAGUGCAAUCCCCAUGGUGGUCAGUGUCGGUGCAAACCCUCAGUGGUUGGGCGCCGCUGUGACCGCUGUGCCCCUGGCUACUACGGCUUUGGCCCUGCCGGCUGUCAAGCCUGCCAGUGCAGUCCUGAGGGUGCACUCAGUGGUCUGUGUGACGGGACCAGUGGUCAAUGCCCCUGUCGCGCUGGUGCCUUCGGGCUUCGCUGUGACCACUGCCAGCGUGGUCAGUGGGGAUUCCCUCGCUGCCGGCCCUGUGUCUGCAACGGGCAUGCAGAUGAGUGUGACACUCACACGGGUGCUUGCCUGGGCUGCCGUGACCACACGGGGGGCGAGCACUGUGACAGGUGCAUUGCUGGUUUCCACGGGGAUCCGAGGCUGCCAUAUGGGGGACAGUGCCGGCCCUGUCCCUGUCCUGAAGGCCCUGGGAGCCAGCGACACUUUGCUACUUCUUGCCACCGGGAUGGGCACUCCCAGCAGAUAGUGUGCCACUGCAGGGCAGGCUACACAGGACUUCGGUGUGAAGUUUGUGCCCCUGGGCACUUUGGGGAUCCAUCAAGGCCAGGAGGCCGGUGCCAACCAUGUGAAUGCAGUGGGAACAUCGAUCCCAUGGACCCUGGGGCCUGUGACCCCCGCACAGGGCGAUGCCUGCGCUGCUUACAUCACACAGAGGGGCCACACUGUGCCCACUGCAAGCCUGGAUUCCAUGGGCAGGCCGCCCGGCAGAGCUGUCACCGCUGUACCUGCAAUCAGCUCGGCACUGACCCUCAACGGUGUCCAUCCACUGAUCGGUGCCACUGUGACCCAAGCAGUGGGCAGUGCCCAUGCCUUCCCAACGUCCAGGGCCCCAGCUGCGACCGCUGUGCCCCCAGUUUCUGGAACCUUACCAGUGGCCAUGGCUGCCAGCCCUGUGCCUGCCACCCAAGCCGAGCCCGAGGUCCCACAUGUAAUGAGUUCACAGGGCAGUGCCACUGUCGUGCUGGCUUUGGUGGGCGAACCUGUUCUGAGUGUCAAGAGCUCCACUGGGGCGACCCAGGGUUGCAGUGCCGAGCCUGUGAUUGUGACCCUCGUGGAAUAGACUCACCUCAGUGUCACCGCUCCACAGGCCACUGCAGCUGCCGACCAGGCGUGUCUGGUGUGCGCUGUGACCAGUGUGCUCGAGGCUUCUCGGGUGUCUUUCCUGCCUGCUACCCUUGCCACGCUUGCUUUGGGGACUGGGAUCGUGUGGUACAGGACUUGGCUUCUCGUACACGGCGCCUAGAACAGCAGGUGCAGGAGCUGCAGCAGACGGGCGUGCUGGGUACCUUUGAGAGCAGUUUCUGGCACAUGCAGGAGAAGCUGGGCAUUGUGCAGGGCUUUGUGAGUGCCCGUAACACCUCAACUGCAGCCACUGCACUGCUCCUGAAGACCACAGAAGAUCUGCGGCGUGAAAUUGGAGAAGCAACUGAGCACCUGACCCAGUUGGAGGCAGAGCUGACCGAUGUGCAGGAUGAGAACUUCAAUGCCAACCAUGCGCUGAGCAAUCUGGAGCGAGACGGGCUUGCACUUAAUCUUACACUGCGGCAGCUUCACCAGCAUCUGGACCUGAUCAAGCAUUCAAACUUCUUGGGUGCCUAUGAUAGUAUCCGUCAGGCCCAUAGCCUGUCUGUGGAGGCGGAACGUCGUGCCAACACAUCAGCCCUGACAGUGCCCAGUCCUGUGAGCAACUCAGCAGGCAUUCGGCAGCAGACAGAGGCACUGAUGAGUGUCCAGAGGGAGAACUUCAACCGCAGGCACAUGGCCAACCAGCAGGCACUGGACGAGCUCUCUGCCCGUACCCAGACCCUGAGCCUGACGGGCAUAAAUGAACUGGUUUGUGGGUCUCCGGGGGAUGAACCCUGUGCUACAAGCCCUUGUGGGGGUGCUGGCUGUCGGGAUGAAGAUGGGCAGCCCCGCUGCGGGGGCCUAGGCUGCAGCGGCGCAGCGGCCGUGGCAGACCUGGCGCUGGGUCGGGCUCGGCACACACAGGCAGAGCUGCAGCGCGCACUGGAAGGAGGCGGCAGCAUCUUCAGCCAAGUGGCUGAGACCCGUCGCCAGGCGGGUGAAGCACAGCAGCGGGCCCAAGCCGCUCUAGACAAGGCUAAUGCUUCCAGGGGACAAGUGGAACAGGCCAACCAGGAGCUUCGUGAACUUAUCCAGAGCGUGAAGGACUUCCUUAGCCAGGAGGGGGCCAAUCCUGAUAGCAUUGAGAUGGUAGCCACGCGGGUGCUAGAGAUCUCCAUCCCAGCAUCACCCGAGCAGAUCCAGCAUCUGGCGGGCGAGAUUGCAGUGCGGGUCCGGAGCCUGGCAGAUGUGGACACUAUCCUAGCACGAACUGUGGGAGACGUCCGUCGGGCCGAGCAGUUGCUGCAGGAUGCACGACGCGCACGGAACUGGGCUGAGGAUGAAAAACGGAAGACUGAAGUUGUACAAGCAGCACUGGAGGAGGCCCAGCGCGCACAGGGUGUUGCUCAGGGUGCCAUCCAGGGGGCAGUAGCUGACACACAGGACACAGAGCAGACCCUGAAACAGGUACAGGAGAGGAUGGCAGGUGCAGAGAAAGCACUGAGCUCUGCAGGUGAGAGGGCUCAGCAACUGGAUGUUCUCCUGGAGGCUCUAAAAUUGAAACGAGCAGGAAAUAGCCUGGCGGCCUCUAGUGCUGAAGAAACAGCAAACAGUGCCCAGGGUCGUGCCAGGGAAGCUGAGCAGCUGCUUCAGGGCCCAGUAGGUGACAAGUACCAGACAGUGAGGGAUCUGGCUGAGCGCAAGGCCCAGGGUGUGCUGGUCGCUCAGGAGCGGGCAGAGCAGCUGCGGAAUGAGGCUCGGAGCCUGUUGCAGGCUGCUCAGGAUAAGCUGCAGAGGCUGCAAGAGCUGGAGGGCACCUAUGAGGAGAACGAAAGGGCCCUGGAAGGCAAGGCGGCCCAGCUGGACGGGCUGGAGGCCAGAAUGCGAAGCGUGCUUCAAGCCAUCAAUUUGCAAGUCCAGAUCUACAACACCUGCCAGUGAUGCCCACUUGCGAGCUGCCCCACCGCCCUCCCAGCAUGCCUCACCACCUCGGCAGGGGACUGCGCCCGGUCUGGCAAGGCCCCCAAUAAACCUGUGUGACCACCCA